CUGACGAUGUGCACUAGACACUUCGGGAGCGUUGUAGCCCAAACAAUUCGAACUCAGAAGACAGAUCAGUUUCCGCUUUUCCUUAUUAUUAUGGGAAAACGAUCAUCUAAUGAAGUAUUGAAUGUAAUACAAGGUAACACAACAGUGGAUGAGCUAAUGAUGAGGCUGAUGGCUGCAAUGGAGAUCUUCAGUGCCCAACAGCAGGAAGACAUAAAGGAUGAGGAUGAACGUGAAGCCAGAGAAAAUGUGAAAAGAGAGCAAGAUGAAGCAUACCGCAUAUCACUUGAAGCUGAUAGAGCAAAGAGGGAAGCACAAGAGAGAGAAAUAGCAGAACAGUUUCGUUUGGAACAGAUUCGGAAAGAACAGGAGGAAGAACGUGAGGCUAUCAGGCUCUCUCUUGAGCAAUCUUUGCCUCCAGAACCAAAAGAGGAGAGCACUGAGUCAGUGAGCAAACUGCGUAUACGGACACCCAGUGGAGAAUUCUUUGAGCGACGUUUCCUGGCCAGCAGCAAGCUGCAGGUUGUCUUUGAUUUUGUAGCUUCCAAGGGAUAUCCUUGGGAGGAGUACAAGCUGCUGGGUACCUUUCCUAGGAGAGAUGUGACCCAGCUGGAUCCAAAUAAAUCAUUACUGGAGGUAAAACUGUAUCCUCAAGAAACCCUUUUCCUAGAGGCAAAAGAAUAGAUCAAACAAGAUUGUAGGACUAAUCAUCCUUCAACAAACCAGAGGCACAGGACCGGGAGGAAGGCUUCUAUCGAAACCGCCCUGUACUAUUCUCUAACUCAAUUCAAUGUCACAACUUUGCCUCUUGCAAGAAUCCUGAAAAAUUGAAACAACAUAGCUACUUAAAGUUUCACAUACAUGAAUAUAUGUUUCCAACCUCGUUUAAAUGAGCAGAGGAUAAAAUUCUGCUAUGAACACUGAACAUUAUGACUCUGUUGCUCACUUAUCAUCCAGCUUUUGUUAUAAUUAAUGCACUGUUAAAAUGUGAGUGAUUGUUAAGUAGAAUUUUUACUCCUCAAAUGCCCCUUUUUCACCAAGAAAUCUUGGACGUUUCUGCCUGUACUUUUGACACUAGAAUGCUGUAUAUUUGAUAUCUCGCUGAGCCAGCGCUCUCAUAUAUAUGCAUUUUAUUUCUGUGUUUGAAUUUCUACUUUGUCACCUAAUUUAAAAAGGCAGAAAAAAAUAACGGGACAUUCUCAGCCAUGGAAAUUUAGCAGUAUUAUAGCAGAAAGCAUAUAAUUUUUGUUAGUACUUUCUGACUUCUUUGAUAAGAUGUAAGGUUUUGUUUGAAGAAUAUAGUUUGACAUAUAUGCGAGAUAUUUAUUUACUGGUUCUGCUUUGGGUCUCAGUUCUGAUUCAGUUUAGGAAGUAUUUUCCAUUACAUUGCAGUGUGUGAAACUGCUUAUUGCAUGAUGUGAAUAUUUAAAAAACAUUAGAAACGGCCAGUACCGGAAACCUGGUAUCUUGCCAAUACUUCAGGAAUCAGCUGAUAUUGAAUAUCAGCUGUUAAAAACCUUUCAAAUACGAGAUACAAAAGUUCUUUAUUUCUCAUUGUGGAAGAAAUGGCUGUUCCCAUUUUAGCAUUCUUCCUUCAUUCUGGCACUUGGUUGUAUCCUAUUACUCUGCUGUUUUAAAGCACCUUGUUUGUUUCAUCAAACAAUGAGUAUCUUAAGAGAUGGUGUAAUAAGAAAUCUGCCUUAUUAUUGCACACUUUGGACAUUUUUACAGUAGAUUACUGAUCCUGUCUCAAACUAAAGAAAUCCUAGUUCUGUUGUCUGAAAUGUAUGCACCAACUACAUGCCAUCUGAUGUGGAAAAAUUGGUACUUUAAAUAUCUCAGUGAUAGAACGAGCAUACUGAAUCGAAGACCAUAAAGUACACUUGAUGCCAAACUUGCAUGAAAGCAAGUUUUGUUUUUUUGGUUUUUUUUUUUUUUAAUCUCUGGGCUUACAGUAUAGUGCACAGUAGCACUACUGAAUCAUCAUCUGCUAAUCAAACUUUUUUUUUGUAAAGCCUGGCACGUUGUUUUCCACAUAUGUUUAUAUGUAAUUCAUAGUGCUUACCAUAGCAAAAUGAAUUCUGAUUUGAAAAUUUUAUACUAAGCAAAAAACCAAUUGCACACAUCUUUUUGUCUUUUUCUUCCCCCCCCUCAGAAGGACGUUGAUAUAAAAUUAAAUGUCUGCCUAUUAUUAGGGUGUUAGUGAAGCUGAUAUAUUGUUAUCUUUACCAAAAAUGCAAAUUUCUGAGUGAGGAAAGCCUUAUUCUACCUUUUGUAAUUCUAUAAUUAGUGAAUGCUACAUCAAACACUUUUAAAAGUGACAUAUCUAUGACAAACAAAAGGUUUUGAAGUGUAAGCAAAUCCUAAUCAUUUGCAGUUCACAAAUAAAAGAACUAAUAGCCAAUAGGAAGAUAAAUGUAUGUGUAAUGGAAAGCUGAAUGCAGACACUUCAUUCUCAACUUUUGUAUUCCUACAGAAAAAAUCCAUUGUUUAUUAAAUCAGAAGUUAACAUAGGUUGCAAAUUGGGGUGACACUGGUUCUACAAGCAAUCACAGUAACACAUACAGCAGGAUUUUAAGGUGAUGUGUAUCUUUUUUUUUUCCAGAUUAGCUCUUCCUUUUAAGCUGGCUAUUGAGGAAAUGAGUUGCUGAAAUAUUGCUACACAUAGCAAAGCAACCUUUCAGCUAACUUUUUUUAUAUUUAAUCUGUUCUGUUUAACUUUUGUUUGAUCUCAUCAGGCUGUUUUCUCUCACUUAACUUUAUUUCUGUAUUUUGACUAUAUAUUCUUUACUUUGAUACUAGUUUCAUAAAGUUAUUAAAUGUGGCUUGAAUAUUUGUUGAACCUGUUGAAGUCAGCGUUCCCAGGGUUUGCUUGGCCUUUUUUUCCUAACCUGUGUUUGGUUUUUUUCCCCCAUUUUGUUCAUAUCGCAAAAUACACUGUCAAUAUCAAAAUGUUCUGGUGAUAAUUAACUGGAAGUGUUCAAAGUGGUGGUACUACUGCCCUCUGAUAUAAAGAUACCAAGAUCAGUAUAUUACGAUCUUUCUGCCACGACGUAAGUAAGUGUAUCACUCUAUUUAAAUAAAAUAUUCAUGACUCUGGUCCUUAAAUACUUCGGGCCUGAUUUCAAGAAGCAAUCAUCUAGAAUCACCUUUCCAAGUUAGGCCCCCAAUGCGAACCCGUCCCUGUGUAGGAAUAUUAAUAUUCCAGGCCAUCGUUUUCUGCUAUCCUAAGCCAACCAUGCUUUCACUUCAUAUGCUCUACUGAUUCGGUUAAUCCUCUAGUCAUUUUACAGACUAAUUUUGUUAUUCAGUAUUACUGUAAAACUGUAACAAUGUUACUACAGAGCAUAUCUCUGAUUCUACAUUUUUAUCUUCAGGUUCUUCAUAUUAAUGGCUUAUCAUUAAUGCGUUAGUAUUAAAUCUGAAAGAACUACUGUUAAUGAAUGAA